GUGCAGAAUAGGUGGAGGAGAAGGAGAAGAGGCCGCGGAUGUUGGUCGUCGGCGUUCGGCGUUCGGGCCAGACGUGGGAUGACUCGACUCCACCAGCAAACCGCUCUUACACGACCUCGCGUUGUAACGGUGAUAACUUCUUUCCUCUCGACCUUGUCCAGCGUGUUUCUGUCCUUCAAGUCUUUUCGUCUCGUAUAUAUUGCUUUGCCCGUCUCAUUUGUACAUAUCUGUCCAUACCAGCACCAUGUCGAAAAUCGAAACUUCCACCGAAACCCAUAUCACCGAGGAAACUGAACCCCUCCCCGAACCACCGAGCCACGCACUCCAAGAACUGGAUAUCGAUGAGCCCAAUGCCCCCGUCCGCACCAAACUACGCACAUGGGCCAUCCUGCUCGCACUCUACCUCUCCCUCUUCGUCACCGCUCUCGACCAAACCAUCGUCGCCACCGCCAUCCCCGUCAUCACUUCCGACCUAGGCUCCGCAGCCGGCUACUUCUGGAUCGGCGGCGCCUUCCUGCUCGCCAAUGCCGCCGCCGCGCCUAUCUGGGCGAAAGUCUCCGAUAUUUUCGGCCGCAAACCCGUCCUGCUCGGUGCUGUGGCCUUGUUCGCUGUAGGCAGUACGCUCGCCGCCACGAGCGUGAGUAUGAGCAUGCUGAUUGCUGCGCGUGCUUUGCAAGGUACUGCGGGCGGGGGGAUUCUUCAGCUUGUUAGCAUUGUUAUUUCGGAUCUGUUUAGUAUGCGCUCGCGCACGCUGUAUUUUGGCCUUAUUGAGGUUACGUGGGCACUGGCUGGAGGCAUUGGACCGAUUGUUGGUGGUGCUUUCACCCAGUUGGUCAGCUGGCGGUGGUGCUUCUGGAUCAACCUGCCCAUUGCUGGCACGACCUUCAUCAUCCUGAUCUUCUUCCUGAAUGUACACAACCCGCGCACUCCCUUGCGAUCCGGACUCAGCGCCAUCGACUGGUACGGAACGGCAUCGAUCCUUGGCGUCAUGCUUAUGCUGCUACUCGGUCUCGAUUUCGGCGGCGUAACAUUUCCCUGGAGUAGUCCGACAGUCAUCUGUCUGAUUGUAUUUGGAGUGGUGAUGAUUGCCGUUCUCGUCGUGUCCGAGACGAAAAUCGCCGAGUACCCAAUCAUUCCGAUCUCGGUGUUCCGCAACUGGUCGAACGUUGCUGCGUUCGCGGUGACAUUCUGUCAGGGCUUGGUCUUCAUCGGUGGCGAGUUCUAUCUUCCCCUCUACUUCCAAAGCGUCAGGGGCGCCGAGCCCUUGCGAAGUGGUUUGCUUCUGAUUCCCCUGGCUCUCUCCGAAGCCGCGGCAGGUUGUUUCAGUGGCCUGCUGAUCCACCAGACUGGCCGAUAUCGCGAAAUGAUGUGGGUUGGGACGAUUCUCAUGACCCUCGGAUAUGGCCUUUUCAUCAUGUUCGACGCCACGACACCCAUCCGGGACAUAAUCGGGAUAGAGCUCAUCGCAGGUAUUGGAGCGGGUCUACUGUUUCAGCCGCCACUCGUCGCCGUGCAGGUAAUGGUCAGCCAAGCCGAUACAGCGACCGCGACAGCCACCGUCGGAACCGCUCGUAAUCUCGCCACCGCCAUCUCGGUCGUCCUAGGCGGCAUCAUCUUCCAAAACGGCAUGGAUUCUCGCAUUUCAUCCCUUCGCGCUGCUGGCCUCAACUCCACACUCAUCUCAGACUUCUCCGACGGCCAUGCUGCGGCGAACGUCGAGGUUAUCAAGCACAUCGCUGACGCGGCUCAGCAGAGGGCGGUCAAAGAUGCAUUCAGCUGGAGCUUACGCAAUGUCUGGAUCACGUACACUGUCGCCGCGGGUUUAGGGUUUGUAGUAAGCGUGUUUGUCAAGCAUCGCGAUCUGAGCAGCGAGCACACCGAGACGCGGACGGGGAUUGAGGAGAUGACGAAGAGGCCGCGGGUGGCGCCUGCUUCGGAUGAAGCGGCUGCGUUGUAGAUGGUGUAAAGCGAUU